AUGGAAUCCGUGCACGGCGUCGACGUCAGUUGGCUCCAUCAGCCAAACAGAGACAGAGAACACCCACAGCGUGAACCUCAUGUCCAUCGUGCUCCUGGCACCGUCAGCGAUGCCGCCCCGCCCGUCUCAGCGCAUACCCGUUCUCGCUCAUCCUCGCCUGUAGAGUCAAAGAAAGCCCCUCCAGCACCGACGAAGCCACCAUCUCCACCUCGGAACGCUACACCGACUCAGCCUCCACCGACACACUCUACAGACUCGCCCAAUGCCUCCUCAAAGACCUCCUCUCGUCGACCCGGCAUCCUCAGCCGCAGCUCUUCGCAAAGAGAAGGGUCCGAUGGCACAAAGUCUUCGCGCCGGAACUCGUGGAUCUCAAACAUCAGCUCCAAAUUCUCGUCGCAAACUCCUCCAGCUCCAACCGUGCCUCAGACGACCAAAUCCCAGGCCAAUGGCACGAAUGCCGGUCCUUCGGCUCAGUCUGCGAGAGACAACUUAGUCACGAGCCCGACACAAUCCACGCCGAACCGUGAGGCCGAAGAGCUUCAACCAUACGUCCCUCAGAAACCGAAAGACUCCAACACCUCCUUCUUCUCUAACCUCACUCGUCGCCUGUCAUCGGGUGCUCAGAAUGGUGCUAUUCCUCGUGGAGGCGAGAAUGGCGGAGUGUGCCCUCGACGCGUAUUGAACGUGAAUCAGGGUCGUGAACGUUGCCUCCUACCAGAACUUGAUUCUGCAAAAUUGCGACGCGUUGCAUUUUCCGUUGAUGUUGAGAUUGCUUCUGGUCCGCGAUACAGAGAUGACGACGGAGAUGUUUCGAAACAAAAGAAAGUCAAGGACAAAAAGCUCAAGGAUCGUGCAGAGGGUGAGGCCUUGAAGAACCCGCAAGCUGUUACAGAACGCAAAGAACAAUCAGACGCCGCUGCUGCAUCCACUGACGACGCCGUUGCUGCCAACAAGGUCCCAUCGACCGAGAACAAUCUCGAUACGAACAACACGGCCACUAUGUCCGAAGAUGUCUCCCAAUCGACAGCCGAGGAUGAGGCGCGUAACGAACGCAAAGAGAAGAAGAGACAAAGGGCUGAAGCUAGUGGUUCAGUGCCUCGUGAACUGACAGGCGACGUCUCGCCUACACAAGGCGUUUCAUCCAAUCCAACACCCUCAGUAUCAGGAACUACCACCCCCAAGGAUCGACCAACAACGGAUCCUGUACGAAUCUACAGAAGAUGUUGUCAACUCAGAGAAUCACCCAUCCUCAAGCGCAUUACUGAACAGCUGAUGUCCGAGGACUGCACAUCGCCUGAGGAUCCUGGAACUGUCACCCAACUCAAUCUAACUGGAUCUCGACUCCAGCUGGCCGACUUUGUGACUUUGAGCGAUUGGCUCGCGAUCGUCCCAGUCAAGCGUUUGCUGCUUGAGGAUGCAGAUCUCAGCGACGAGGGCUUACGUGUGAUUCUUUCCGGUCUGCUUGCAUCAAAGAAGCCUCAACCUACCAGACGCCGAAACGGUGCUCGCCAACCUCCUUCUAAGCCUACUGGAGGAAUCGUCGAGAAGCUAACACUCAAGAACAACCCAAGAAUAUCUAGGAACGGUUGGAAGCACAUAUCCAUCUUCCUUUACAUGUGCCGAUCCAUCAAGGCUUUGGAUGUCUCGAUGCUACACUUCCCUCAAGACCUUCCACCAAGCGAGCCCGAUGCCAAUAUCAAAGCGCCUAGUCAGAUGCCGAGGACCACUGGAAAAUCAGUCGACGCUGCGGAGACACUGUGUAAGGCACUGUCUGGCAGACUUGGUGGUUCCCGACUGGAAGAAAUCACCAUGGCAGAAUGCGGGCUGGUCCCCUACCAAAUCAGAAAAAUUGUUGACGGAGCUACUGUUUGUGGCAUUGCCAGACUCGGGUUCGCUGGCAACAAACUCGACGAUGAAGGCUUUGAACACAUUUUGCAUUACGUGCGAUCCGGAGUAUGCCAUGCCCUUGAUCUGGGCAGCAAUGACCUGCGGGGCAAGCUUGGUAAACUCGCAGAGGCCUUGAGACACAAUCCUAAUUGCCCAGUGUGGGGCCUCAGUCUUGCCGGAUGCAGCUUAGACACAGGCUCCUUGAAAGAACUCCUGCCGACCCUGACAACACUCCAGAACUUCCGCUUCAUCGACAUUAGUCACAAUAGAAGCUUGUUCGUAGGUGAUGCAUGUGCGCUCCAGCUACUUAGAAAGUACUUGCCUAAGCUGGACAACUUGAAGAGAUUGCAUCUCGUAGAUGUUGGUCUCUCGGUGAAGCAGGCUAUAUCACUGGCUGAGGUGUUACCCGAGGGAGUUUCGCUCGCUCAUCUAACCAUUCUGGAGAACCCUCAACUAUCCGAACUGGCUCAAGCUACAGACGAGGACAGUCAGGAAGAGGCCUGCGCUCUGUAUGCAUCACUUUGUGCAGCUGCACGAGUCUCAAAAUCACUCGUCUGUAUCGACGUUGAUGUUCCUGGCUCCGGUCAAAGUGAGGUCGUCAAGGCUUUGGCAAAGCAGAUUGUUGCAUACUGUCUACGUAACAUGGACAUGACGAUGGCUCAGUCGUCUCUAUUGCCUGCAGCAACCAUGUUGUCCAAGCAACACGGUGUCGAAGAUGCCAGACAAGCACCUGUUCCGGAUGUACUGGUCCAUCUCGUAGGUCACCUGGAUGACGAUCAAAUUUCCGAUGCCAGCGACGACGAGACGGCACCCGAUGACGACUAUAUCGUUGGUGGUAACGGCAUCAUCAAGGCGCUGGAGUACUUCCUUGGUGAAGACAGGUCAGAUAGGCGCAACGGCAGCAUUUCGCUUUCAGGAACCACCACGCCACUGGAUAUCGGAAAUCCAGCUCAAAGUGAGGUCAAGAGGAGAGGAAAAGCCAAGGAAGUCAGCAGGAAUCUGCUUGACAGUGCUCGCAAACUUCGUAAUCGCCUGAAGCCAGCUUUGGCUAAGGAGUUUGCGGCUGGUGACGAGAUGAAUUACCGCCGCUUGCUCUUCCUGGACCAGACUUUGAGUGGUAUGAUUGAACGGUUCGAGGAUGAAUUUCCAGAAACUCGCCUCCAUCUGGACAUCCCGCCACACCAGCAGAAUCUCUCACUGUCAUCAUCACUGGAGUCGACAGAAUCUGGACCGUUAUCGAACGAAUUCAUGGCCAGCUCAGCUACAACGUUCGGUACGGAGACAUCAGCUCUCGAGUCAGAUGUGGACCUGGACGAGGAUCUACAUGUUGGUGGGUCGAUGAGAAGAAAGGCCAGCGAUGUCAGUCUGGCGUCACGAGCUCUUUCGAUCGAAGAAGGUCGCAUUCACCGCCUUGGUCACAAGGUGCGACAAGACAUAAUCGACGUGCCCGUUGCUGUACAGACUUCAGGGUCAGAUGCAUCUGGCGAAUGGGCACCGGGCUCUCACAUGGCCGAAAUCGCAUCAAAGCUGGCAGACAUCUCAGGACCCGAGCUUCGUGUGCUUGUAGACCAAGAAGGUGGUUGGGAAGGAGUGAUGGAGAAGAUGGGGGCAAAUCUUGAAGAGCUGCAACAGUUGCAGAUGAAAGAUCCUCAGGGCUGGGAGCAGUUCAAGGAGAGUCAACUGAAAGCGCGAGCCAACCGUGGAGCACCGAUAUUCUUAUAG